AGAAAAUGAGUACAUUACUAAAAGCAAGCGCACGACAAGUGGCAAUUAUUGCCCCAAGAUUUAUGGCCAGUAGCAGUCAAGCGCCUGAAAUUGGAGAGAAGCCACAGGUGAAGACGUCUGGAGACCCGCAUAAAUCGUUCUAUCAUCAGGACUUGAUAGUGACUAGAGCGACGGGAAGCGAACUGCAUCCAAAGCCGGGACCGAACGAUAACUUGAGAUUUGGACAUCAAUACUCCGAUCACAUGUCAUUCGCUGAUUGGAACGAAAAAGAGGGAUGGUCAUAUCCACAGAUAACUCCUCUGAAACAGAUUGCCAUCCAUCCUGGAGCAAAGGUUUUGCACUAUGCCAGUGAACUCUUCGAAGGAAUGAAAGCGUACAGGGGUGUGGAUAAUAAAAUCCGACUGUUUCGUCCUGAUAUGAACAUGGCUCGAAUGAGAAGAACAGCUCGUCGAGCGGCUUUGCCUGAUUUCGACGCGGAGGAGUUGAUCAAAAUUAUUAGCGAGCAAGUAUCACUUGACAAAGACUGGGUUCCACAUUCGACCACCUCAUCGCUCUACAUCAGGCCCACACUCAUUGGAACUGACCCUACACUAGGUGUCGGCUUCCCGACUGCAGCCAAGCUUUUCGUUCUCACAGGACCUGUUGGGGCCUACUAUGCAACAGGUUUUCAACCUGUUCGACUUCUUGCCGAUUCACAGUAUGUGAGGGCAUUUCCUGGAGGCGUUGGAGCCUUCAAAAUGGGAUGCAAUUACGCCCCAACGAUUUGGGUUGGCAAGGAAGCGGCGGCAAAAAACUGUCAGCAAGUUCUUUGGCUUUACGGUGACAAUGAAGAGAUCACUGAAGUUGGCACCAUGAACAUCUUUGUGUAUUGGAAAAAUGAGGAAGGCGAAAUGGAGCUUAUCACACCUCCACUGGACAGGGGUGUGAUCCUUCCCGGAGUCACCCGUGAUUCCUUGUUACAACUGGCCAGAGAAUGGGGAGAAUUCAAGGUUUCCGAAAAAUCUUUCUCAACACACGACCUCAAGAGAGCCCUGGAUGAGGGAAGGCUGAAAGAAAUGUUUGGAGCUGGAACAGCUUGUGUCGUGUCUCCGGUUGGACAAAUACUCUACAAUAAUCGUCAGACAGGACAAUAUGAAACUUGGGAGAUUCCAACAAUGCAGAAUAAGCCAAACCUUAUGCAAAGGUUUUAUGAAACCAUCAUCGACAUUCAGUACGGGCGAACGGUACACCCAACAUGGACACGAACAAUUUGAGAAUCAUCACUUAUAAAAAUCGCAUUCUUACUGGGUCAUUGAGUUGUAUCUCUCUGCUCGAGCUAAUCAUACUCUUUCAUUAUUUUCAACUCAAAUACCGAAUACGCGUGCCACCCCAUCGUUAUUCUCGCCAGUACAUUAUUUAGUAGUGAUUUUUAGUGAAUUAGUGUGGCUGCUUGCUCAAUUUUUUACCCUUGGUGCUCAGCCACUUUUAUUGUUGUCAUGUCAAUCUCACCGAAUCCAUGAAUGCCCGGCUUGUUUUGUUUACUUCACUAUAGUGCCUUUUUCAUUAUGAUAUACUUUGCAAAAGAAUAUAUUGCUGAUUUGUGGGUUUAUUGGCUCAUAUUGAUAGGCAGCAUAUCAUGUGUCC